CUGCCAGCUGACUUCCAGCUGACUCCUUCCAGCUGGACUUUCUACCUAGGUAGAUCAGUUUCCAACCCUUCUGCAUCCGCUCACUCUGGUAUCAAGUCCAAUUGAAGGAGGACCUCCAGAAUUGUUGUCCUUCUUGAGCCAGCUUAAGCACCAUGACGACCCCAAAGAACAGUAGUGGUGGUGACGCAGCAGAGAAAGGUGCGGCUCCGCCCCAACUCACAACUAUAGACGAUCCCCUGGAGGUGCUCCUUGGUCGGAUGCUCGAGGAGAUAGAGAGGGGACGAUGGGGUUUCAUGGUGGCAGCCAUACGGCAGACUUUGCAAAGGCUCAAGAAGAAGGAAAAGCUUGCAAUGGUGUCCAACGUCGACGAGUUUUGUGAUGCGCUGGGGUCUGCGUCGCCCGCUGAAGUCCAAGCACUAGCGGAUUGCGGCUUGUUUAAGAUGAUUUGCGCAAAUCUGAAGGCCCAGUCUCGCGAGAGCGUAGCUCACACCGUGGAAUGUCUGAGCCACUGCAUCAGACUCGUCCCUGAGCUGUGUGUCAGAGCCUGGGAAUUUGGUGCAGUCAGAGAGGUGACCAACAUUAUUAUGGAAGUCAGGGAGGCGACAAAGAAGCGGGCCCUAGCUGCAGACUCUUCACUUCAGCAAGCUCUCUACUUUUUCGAAGCAAUGGGGAGGCCACUCAAGGGAGUCCCAUGCUCCGAGCAGGCAAAGAAAGUCUCCAAAAAGUUCUAUCAUUGGGCAAUCAGGCAGGGCGUGAUCGAAAAGGUGGCGGUGACCUGGGUGGCGCUGUCCGACAUCGAGGUGCGGGAUCGGGAUCCUCGAUUCAUGCCGAUGGUGUAUCACGGAGCCACUGUUCUGAUGUUUGGGACCUGUUUUGCUCCAAAAGGAAGGGCCGUCAAGCUGGAAGAGCAGGCAGGACUCCUUGGGGCGGUGCUGCAGUUCCUCCAACUAGAGCAUCAGAGGAAGCUUACCGAUUUCGGUUACUUGACUGUGGAGGUUGCCAUUUGCCUGCUGCUCAACGUGUGGCUGCUUCCCAGCUCUGCACGAUCAGAGACGCUCAGAGGGGGAAAGCGGGAUAUCGCUGAGCAUGCCGACAUCGUAAAGGUUGUGACGAUCCUGCAAGCCCUCGCGGAGGCUCAGUCCGAACCGGUUCCCGCGAUCAGCAAAGAGUCAUUCGCCCGACUCGUGUGCUUCCUCAUCUUCGAGCACCCGCGCCCGCUGCCCAAAUCGACGGUCGAGAGCGCCGUCCGCAUCAUGUGCGGACGCUCCGAGGAGCCCACGUGGGAGCACUGCAAGGCCCUCAUGGCGCACCACUUCCACGCUGGACACGUGUCCAUCGACUUCCUCUUCUCCCACUUCUUCCCCGGGUUUCUCGCCGCGUUUUGCGGGGAGGCCGAGCGCCGCGCGCCCGCCCGCGUGUUCACGCCCGAGCUGGAUCCCCUGAUGAGUAUGCUGAGCGUGCUGUCGGAGAGUCUGUGGUACUCGCACCCGCCGGACGAGCCGAAGAAGACGCUCGAGAUGAAGAACAAGAAGGCGGGGAUUGUGGUAUUGGCGAAACACCUCCCGCGAUUCUUGAACCUGAUGAUCGACUCUCGCGCGGCGGCGGCCGUGGCGUCCCUGACCCGCUCCGCGUUCUACCAUUCCGCGAUCCACGUGUGCAUGCGGCUGGCCCACGUGGCGGCCUGCCAAAGCGCGGCGGAUCUGCAGCGCUUGAACGAGCAGAUCAUCCCGGUGCUGGUUCGUAACAUGUUCGACGGUUCGGGAGACGGUGACGUCAUGCGCAUCGGUCGGGCGGGCCUCCCGGGAUACCUCACGAACGGUCUGGUUCCGGGGAUGCAGCCCUUUCGGGUGGAAUUUCCGCCGGAAAUCGCCCGGAAGAGGGGGACUGCGAGAUACAACUGGGGCCGAAACUGUGUGGAGUUCAGCGAGGAGAUACUGGUCGAGAAGCCGCAUGUGUUAACCCAGCUACUUAGCGACAUGCAAAAGGGAGGUGCGAUAGGGGUGGAUGACAUGCAGAACGACGAGUUUGAGCGGAUGCGUCUCUACUACAAGCACCGGGUCAUUUACAACGGGACGAAUCAGGCGGCCGCGCAAGAGGCGAUGAUAGCGGAGCAUCCCGGGGAGAGGUGCUCUUCUUGCUCGAUUCUGUUGCACGAUGUCAAGCGGUGCUCUCGGUGCCAUACACGGACUUAUUGCAGCGUCACUUGUCAGAAGAAGGAUUGGCCAGAGCACAAAAAGUCGUGUAGCAAAAAAUGAGAAGGGUGAACGCUUGACGGUAGGAAGUUCUUGUUCUGGGCUGAGAUCCUCAUACCUAGGUCCGUGUAUUCAAGCACGUAGGAAACUUCAGCAGAGCUCGACGUUCUCGUCAUGUGAACGCUGCGCGCGCACGUUUUGCGAGUAGGAUAUCCAAUGAUUUUGGCAAGGCCGCCCUGGCUUAGUG